AUGUGGCCUUGGCGCACAGCGUCUGAUAGCCGGGCAGCUGGAGCGAUAGUUAUUCUGCCCGACGGCUUUCACCUCUCCCUCGUCGCGCGCCUCUCCGUAGAGCAGGCGCUCAGACGCGUCCUGCCGUACUGCCUCCGCGCAUCGACCACGUCACUAGCCUUCCCAUCCACGUCAUCAUCAUCCAAGUCCAUGCUGUCUUGCUCUGCAGCGUCCGAUCCUCUCGAGAUCGCCCUUUCGCUACGCGCCGCAACUCCCGGCUUGCUUCACGGCCCCGCGAAGAAGAGUCUUCGCUUGUCGAAGCGGCUGUGUAAGGGAUGGACGUACGCAGUCGCCGUGCAGAGCGCUCUUAACGAGGAUGAAUUCGAUAAGGAACGAAUGAUUCGAUUCGACCGGCGCGCGCACUGGGAGGUGCUGGCAGCGGUGAAGGAGCGCGAAGCCGCCAUGGCCGUUGCACGCGGUGGCGCGAGGCGGCGACAGGCGGCGAGAAGCGGCGGGAGCAAGCAGCAGCACGCCGUGGCGGCACAGGGGCGAGUGGCGGGGAGGCGGGAGGUCAGAGCGGUGACGGUGGGGGAGAUGGCGGAGGGGCGUAGCGAACGGGCAGGGGGCGAAAACGAGGCGGAGGAAGAGUUGCAGCGAGGGCUGGAGGGGAGUGGCGCUGCUGGCACGUCAGCAGCAGAGUCGUGUGAAGGCGCCAGGUGCUGCGAGUGGGUAGCGGGGUGUGCAGCAACAGGAGGCGCAGCAGCGGGGGGUGAAGCGGCGGGCAGCGCAGCAGCAGGGAGCACAGCAGCGGGGACGUGGCGGCUGCGGGGAGUGCGGUGGAGCAAGCGGUGGCGCGCAGCGCACGGAGAAGCGGGCGGAGAGGUGGCAGAGCGAGCAGCGUUGGAUCCCAUGCAGGGUGGUGAGAUGCCGGGUGGUGAGAUGCCGGGUGGUGAGAUGCCGGGUGAGAUGCCGGGUGAGAUGCCGGGCGAGAUGCCGGGAGAGCAGGCAGCGGCCACGGGAGGGCAGGGGGGCGAGCAGCGGACGCAGGAGGGUACAGGUGACGCUGCUGUGGGCGGCGGAGGGGAGGAGGAGAGCUACGGAGGCACGGAAGCAGAGGUGGGUCGUGUGUCCCUGGCCUUGGCGGCGUUGCGCUUGGGUGGUAGGCACGGCGAGGAGGAUGAGGAGGGCGAGGCGGUGCAGACGGGGAGUGGGGACGCAGGGAGGAGUGUGGACGCAGGGAGGAGUGUGGUGAGGGCGGAGGGGACGGACGUCAGUGUGGACCCCACCAGUGCUGCGCUGCGCAGCGGCAUGCAGUGGAUCGAGGCAACCACUCGCCGCUCCGUGCUUGACAAAGGCCCGCCAAAGCAGGGCGCGGAGACGCAGAAGACCCUGAGCGGGCCUCUGGUGCGGGCGGGCAGCGGGCCACUGGGAGCGCGCCUCAGGAGCCCCUCAGGCAGGCUGCGCAGCGCGCCACUCAGGCGAUGGGGCAGCGGGCCCUUGACCCGCCAAGGCAACUGGCGCUACAACCGGCCAGGCAGCGGGCCUCUGAGCCACCAGGGCAGCGGCCCUUUGAGCCAGAGCAGCGGGUGCUACAACCAUACAGGCAGCAGGACAGGCAGCGGUACAGCCAGCGGCCCUUUGAGUCAGAGCAGCGGGCCUCUGAGUCAGAGCAGCGGGUGCUACAGCCGGGCGGGCAGUGGGCCUCUGGGGGAGCUGUUGAGCGGCAGUCUGAGCCAGCCGUCGCACGAGGCGUUCAGGCUGGCAGCGCAGUGGGAAGAGCGGCCUCUAGACCCCUUGGACCUCUUGAGCCCUCUGGCAGGAGGCGGGAACGACGCUGGUGUGCUUGGCGCUUUCAAUGGCGCAUGGGGUGGGCUUACACGAGGCGAUGCGAGUGGCGGCUGGAUGGAGGACGUGUUUGGGGGGCUGGUGGGCGAGCGGAGGGCGAUGGGCCGGAGGCAGCCGCUGGUUGACGUGAACUGUGUGGUGGGUUCAAGGGAUGAGAGUCAGCAGCAGCAGCAGCAGCAGCAGCAGCAGCAGCAGCAGCAGCAGCAGCAGCAGCAGCAGCAGCAGCAGCAGCAGCAGCAGCAGCACUCAUGGAUUGUUGUGGGAGACUCACAGAAGAGCUUGUCUCCUGGGAGUUGUACUGCUGGGAUGGCAAUGGGCGCUGGGCCAAGUGUGACAGGAAGGGCAUCUUUCGGGGAGGGGGGAACUGCAGCGUCAAGCGCGCACGGGGAGAACAGUUCAGAGAUGUUUGAGUCUGCUACUAGCGAGGAUGAGGAGUUCUUUGAUGCACAGGCGAGGCGGAUGUCCUGGGGGAGCGAAGGGGUUGAAUGGAUGGAAGCGGUUGACGGGAUGGCAGGAAACGAGGAGGGCGCAGAGCGCUGGGGGGAAAGGGCGGUGAUGCAGCAGGCGGGGGCAGCAGUGGAUGGAUUGGAGGAGCAGGAGGUGUGCAGCUGGGAUGGUGAUGGGGUGAGUGCUCGUCGUCCUCAGCCGUGGCAUGCAAGCUCACAAGGGCUAGGAGUUGGGAGAGUGUUGGGAGAGGGCUUGAGGGAGAACAGCGAUGAGCAGGGAAAUGCAAUCGGAGGCGACGAGGAGAGGGUGGGGAGGUGUGAUGGGAAGACGGAGAAGCAAACGUGGGAGGAGAUUUUGGAUGCGACAGUGGCCAUGGGGCAGUGCGAUGGGACGGAGGAGCCGGCUGUUGAGGCGGCUCCGAACAACAUGUUCCUGACGCUGCUGCAGGCUGGCAGUGCGGAUCAGCACACGGAGGCCCGAGAGUGGGGCGCGGAGAAUGUUGGCGUUGAGGACGGAGGAGGAGAUGUGAGAGAAGAGGAAGAGAAGACUGCAAGGGGUGGGCAACGGAUGGGAACGGUGAGUGGUGAGCAGCAACUGGAAGAGGUGGAGGGAGAGGAAGAAUGGGGGAAUGAUGAAGAGGAUAAGUUUAAUCACGAGGAACCAGGGGAGACGGGGGAGGGGAAAAAGGGGGAGGAGGAGGAGGAGGAGGAGGAGGAGGAGGAGGAGGAGGAGGAGGAGGAGGAGGAGGAGGAGGAGGAGGAGGAGGAGGAGGAGGAGGAGGAGAAGGGGGAGGAGGAACAAGUGGAAGAAGAGGAGGACCAAGUGGAAGAGGAAGAGGAGGGAGAAGAGGAGGAAGAAGAGGAGGAGGAAGAGGAAGAGGAGGAGGAGGAGGAAGAGGAGGGGGAAGAGGAAGAGGAGGGGGAAGAGGAAGAGGAGGGGGAAGAAGAAGAGGAAGAAGAAGAUGAAGAAGAGGAAGAGGAGGAGAAUGACGAGGAGGAAGAAGACGAAGCAGAUGAGGAAGAAGAUGAGGAGGAGGACGAGGAGGGAGAAGAGGAGGAUGAGGAAGGGGAGGAUGACACGGGAGCAGGUGACGACCAGAGUACAAAGCUUGAAACUGCCAACGGCAUGUCCUUGGUCCUGGAGCCGUCUUUAAGGACUGAGUGGGAUGAGAGUGAGGACGAUGAGAGCCUGCAAGCACUCGAGGUAGCAGCCAGGUGUGCAGCUUAUGAGGCAACCUUUAGGCUCAAGGUGCAGCAGGCACAGCAUGAUGCCAGUGAUUGCAAGUUCACCUCAUUCGCGCCAGCUAGUGCAAGAUCAGCAGGCAUGCUGGUGAAAGGGUGCUGUGAUGAAGAAGGUGAGGGGGAAGAGGAGUCUGGCACUGGAAAGGGGGUUGAGCCAGAAAGGGAAGGUCGUCAGGAACUGUCGGAUUCAGAGUCGGGCAAAAACACGAGCUCGGGUUCCUCAUCUGAUCAGAGUGAGGGACACACUUCAGAGGUUUCAGAUCUCUCUGGAGAGCAGGCUGACACUGAAAGCACUGCAGAUGAGGUGGAGGAGGACGAGCUGGAAAUGGCUUUCUUGUUCCGCCAGCUGCGGUUGUUUCAUGCAAGCCCAAGACCAACACCAACCAUGAAGCAGAGCCAUUGGUCGAUUUGGGAAAAGGACGAGCUGCCAUGGAGACCAGAGCUCCCCAUGAUAAUGGAGGUUCCUGGACUUGAAGCCCUUUGCGUUGCAGAGCAGCAACAGCAGUGA